CUUUUUCUGAAAGAUAGAGAAGUAAUUGAAGAUGAUAUUUAUUUACUAGAGAUUCACAUUCACCAUAUCAUCUUCAAUGUCUCUGUCCCCAACUUGUAACUUCUUGUACUGCACAGAAGAAGCCGGCGACUUGGUUUCAUUAGAUGCUGACAUUUGUGACGACUUUGAAUCUUGUGGUUCUUUUGUUCACGUUGAUGACGACGAAGAGAAUUACAUUGUUAGUAUUUUCGACUCUGAGCUUGAUCAAUUGCAAGGACAUGAAUUAUUUUCCAAGUAUGGUAAACUUCCAGGGAUUGUCACUUCUCGUCAAGAGGCAAUCAAAUGGAUGUUGAAGGUGCAUUCUCAUUAUCGAUUUCAGCCUGAAACCGCGUAUCUUUCUGUGAAUUAUUUGGAUCGUUUCGUCUUGUCCCAUAAUUUGACUGGGAAAGAAUGGCACUGGCGGCUUUUAUCAGUAGCGUGUCUAUCUCUAGCUGCAAAAAUGGAGGAAACAAGUGUCCCACUUCUCUUAGACCUGCAACUAAUAGAACCCAGAUUCUUGUUCAAGCCCAAAACGGUUCAAAGGAUGGAGCUUCUUGUUGGGAGCAGUCUCAAGUGGCGAUUGCGCAGCAUAACACCUUUCGAUUUUUUACAUUAUUUCAUUUCUAAAAUUUCAUAUUGUUCGAGUCCCCAACAUAGUAAUGGAUUCAGCUCUGUGAUCUCUGCUGCCUCGGAUCUUAUUAUCAGUACAAGUAGAGUGAUUGAUUUCUUGGAUUAUCCUCCAUCUACAACCGCUGCAGCUGUGGUGCUGUGGGUCACAAAUCAGCCUGUUGAUGAUCACAAGUUGGAGUGCCUGCACAAAAGACUGAACAAAGAUAUGGUGAAAAGAUGUUACAGUCUUGUAAAAAGGAACAUGUCCCAACUGCUGCAUAUUAAACUACAAAAACUGGAGCAUUGUGUACCGUCAAAUGAUAAGCUCGGCGUGUCUCUCCUGGGAAGGGGUGAUGAUGAGACAAAAUCGACAAAGGCUUGCUCAGAAAUAAGUGCUAAAACUCUGGGGAAGAUAAAUAUCUAGUCUGUAUUUGGUUUUAUUCUUUCACCAAAAAGUUGCAAUUUUUUUUUUUUUUUUUUUGGGAAAGUGAUAGAGUUACCGAAAAUUAUCUAUACACCGAAUGACAGCAAAAUCCUGAUCAUUGAUUAAUAUUAACUUAAAAUAAAUAAACGAUUAGGAUUACGUCACGUCAUUCGGUGUGCAUCUUUC